AUGCAUCAAGAAGAGAGUGGACUGAAAUACUUAGAGUGUUCCAAGAACAAAAACACACCUAGAAUUCUGCACACUAACAGUCCGUCGUGGAGACACAUGAAGGUCGGUGAGUUGGUGCGGAAUUCCUCUCGGAGCGCCUGGCCAGGCUGGGAGGAUUCCUCUUGGAAUUCCUCCGCUGCGGGUCUGGGCUCCGUGGCCCCGCAGCUGCAGCAUUUCAUCCAGGUGGAGACUCAGAAGCAGCGCUUCCAGCAGCUGGUGCACCAGAGGACGGAACUUUGUUGGGAGAAGUGCUUGGACAAGCCUGGGCCAGAGUUGAACGGCCGGGCUGAAGCCUGUUUUGUGAACUGCGUUGAACGCUUCAUUGAUACAAGCCAAUUCAUCUUGAAUCGCCUUGAACAGAAAUCCAAGUCAGUCUUCUCAGAAAGCCUUUCCGACUGAUUUCAGCAUUACCUUUUUGGAAAAGGAAAGUAGUUCAAGAAUGGUUGAAGAAAAGGCUAUAGGGAGAUUGGCUCCCACCCCUGGCACUCUUGGAGCAUCUGGUCAUCUGAGAAUGAACAAAGACCAAUAUCUUUGUGUGU